AGCUUGGAUCAUCAGUGAUGUAUUUUGCAGCUGAGUCACGUUUCUUACUCGGUAGUGAUGGCAGUGGCACGUCCAUUUUUAUUGGUUUUACGAAAGAUGGCAGAGAAUUGGCAGUAAAGAGAACGUUGAUAACAUCGAGUAAAGCUAAGAAUGAGCAGAAAAUCCUUCGUCUUAUUGCAACAGAGAGAUCGCCAUUUAUAGUGAACUAUCGACAUUUUUUCCAAGACGAGGUCUUCAUGUAUCUAAUUCUAGACCUCUGUGAAGAAACAUUGAGGGAACACGUUUAUUCUCAAACAGCCCAGCAUAUACAAGGGCAUGGUCCAAGAAUGAUCAAAGAAAUCUUAUCUGGUCUUGAAUUUCUUCACCAUCGAAGAAUUUUGCAUCGAGAUCUGAAACCAACUAAUGUUUUGGUUGAUGUCGAAGGUCACAUGAGAUUGGCAGACUUUGGAAAAAGUGGCAUUUUGAAUGAAGAUGAAACUACAGUUAAUAUUGGUGAUCGUGCGGGAACCGUAGGCUGGAUGCCUGUCGAGGUUAUUAAAGCAAUAAAUGAGCAGGAGGACUGGAAAAUUAGAUUUAAAAGGAAAUCUGAUGUCCAAGUAGCAGGUAUGCUUGCUUUCUUCAUUUCAUCUAAAGGUAAUCAUCCGUUUGGUGAUGGGAUUCAAAGAAGGACGAAUAUUGUGGAAGGAAAUCCUGUUCACUUGGACAACCUACAUAAUCGUGACGCUCGAGAUUUUGUUGCAUGGUUGAUCAGUCAUGACAUUGAAGAUAGACCUUAUGUUCACGAGGCGUUAAAAAGUCCCUUCAUGGUUCAGGCAAAAGAAUAUGAAGUUUAUCCCAAAUUAAUAAAAGGUUGGUAAUUAAUAUCUGCGAACCACAACGAAUCGUAAUGUGACACGUGCACUUAUAAUGUCUGUAAUGUGUAGACCUAUGUUUACAUUCUUUAUUAUAUUCAUUUUGAAAUCAAUGGUGUUUCCUGCAAUCUGAUUGGUUCACAGGAGUGCGAUAUCAGCACGAAUCGCACUGCGAUUCGUGCUGAAAUCGCACUCCUGUGAACCAAUCACAUUAGAUUAUUGGGUUUUACUGGGUAAAAUGACCAUGGCGGUCAACAUGGCAUAUGUGCCCGCCCUGAAACUGCAGUGUCGACAUAGCUCUAACUUCCGAAAAGGAAAAACAAUAGCUUUUCUGAAGUGCUUAUAGCGUUCAGAAGGGUUGGUUUUAGGGGUGGUCAUUGAAAAGAAAUAAUUGUCUAAAUAUAAUAUUUUACAAGAAAAUGACCAUGCACCACCCCAGGUAAAUUGCUAAUUAUGCACAAAAUAACCAAUAUGCCUGGCAGAAAUUAAAUUUUCUUAUUUCCUAAAAAAGUUAUCAUGGGGUGAAAAACUAUGCUCAAUUUAAUAUAAUUAUUGUGGAUUUCAUAAGGAUUGUCAUUAUUUUCAUUAAAUAUAAUACAUUUUAUUUCACUUACACUUACCACACACACGAAUACACGAUUUCAACCAUAUUUUGCCCUCUUCUUUGCUUUUUGUCGCCGAAUCUGGCAAAUAUCAUUCAGUUGUUGUACUUUUACAUAAUUAUAAAUGGCUGAAGAAGAUUUCAAAGAAGAUUUCAUCAACUUUUGAAAUAGUGCAGUGUAUUUUAUCUUCGAUGUUGUGUCCUUCGAUAUUUCAUGAAAUAUGGCGCCAUUGCAAUAGCUAGCCGCUUCUCUGCCCGAUAAAUACCACUUCUUCGUCUUCGUAUGUAUUUAGAUUUCAGUAUCCAAGAGUACUUCAUUGUAGAAUAGUCCCAAUCCAAAAAUUGAAAACAUUAGUUGUGCUUGAAAGGAGAAAACCUCCCAUAAAACAUGUUCAGUAACAAUCCAAAAGAAGUAAUACACGCGCAAGUUUGCGGAAAUUGCUCGUGGGCUACAUGCCAGGGGGGUUGAAUAUUUUCACAAAACGUUUGUUCGCCACCACAGCAACCUAACUAAAUACACUAUAUUUGUUGAAUGUUUAUGAUUGAUGAUAAAAAUACGCAAAUAUUUAUUGUUUUUAUCAUCAAUCAUAAAAAUACAAUAAAUAUAGUGUGUUUAGUUAGGUUGCUGUAGUGGCGAACAAACGUUUCGUCCCGCUCGUAUUUAUUUUACGCGAGGCGAAGAGAACCUCUGGUGGCACGCGAUACAAAUCUCUCUUCCUUUGGUACAAAAUUUGUACCAAGCACAUGAUUGGUUAGUUAUAAUUAGCAGUCACAUGAAGUGAUGUGAUAUCCUGUGUAUAAAUCUCAGAGAAAAUUAUGUAAACAAAAUACAUUUUACUUAACGUAGUGUGGGUUAUUUGAGAUUAUAACUUAGUCAGUUGUUCCGCUAUAUAAAGAUUUUCUGCGCUGAAGAAGAGCUGCCAUCGCGGCUUGAGUUGACGGCAUGACAUGUUCACUCUAUUACAGUAUUAAUUAUAUUUGUAAAAUAUAAAGUCACUGUGUUGGUCACUUGCUUAUCGUUCAAAGUUUUAAAUUUUGGUAAUUCUUUGACUUUAAUAAUUAUUAAUAUGAUUUAUUUUGCCAAUAUUUUCCCGUUGUUUGUUAAGGACAACCAUACUGGCUCCGUUGCACACAUAUAUAAAUAUUUAUACAUUUAUAUUCUUUCACUUUUGACUUUAUACGUUCGCUAAGACAAACGGCAUUCCACAAAUUUAACAAUCAGUAAGGUUGCUUUGUGCGUUGAAUAAUUUUCUAAUGAUACAAAUCUACAAUGAACAUACAGAGUGAUGUUUUAAGCAAAAAUUCGUAUUUUUUGUUUUAAAAACUUCAAAAAAAUAUCUUACACGUUUAGGGCAGGGCGCUUGGUAGGGGGGUGGGGGACGCUUUAUAGAGGGCCAUGUGAUGGAGGUUGUAUUUCAUUUUGCGUAGUACUAAAUCUUGUUUUAACUUUAUUUUGUCAAGGUAGAGAAGUUCGUGAUAUUGAAGCUCUCGCAAAAGGUAAAGCAAAAAAUAAUCGAAUUCCGAUUAUGCUGAUCGGGCAAGGCCGAGGCGGAAAGACUUCGCUAAUGAGACGUCUUUUAGGAAUACCAUUAAAUCCCUCCGCCACGCCCGUGGCAUUAGGGAGCUUUAGAUUUGACUACGGCUACGAGAUCUAGUACGACUACGAGAUUUUUCCUUUAAAUAUCUGCUCCAAAAAGCUUAAAACUGUACUUAGUUUGGUUCAAGUGUUGUUUUAACGAUGUGCUAUGCCAAAGAGAGGACAAUAGCAAGCUUGAACCUUUCUGUGUUUUUCGAUUUGAUAUCGCUGAACUCUGCUGUUUUGUAUGGAUUUUUAUUGUGCCGUCCUCUGAAUGUUUGUCAGUUUGUGAUCAUGAAGUGACGGCCGUCAAGAAGUGAAGAACAUUUACUGUUUCAAAUUAUCUUUUAGAAUAUUGCGAUGGUAUUUUACCAACCGCGUGGCCAGUGUGAACGCCUGAGCAGGCGUCUUCUUAUAUAUAAGUCCUGCAUUAUUAAAUUUUACCGUUGUCGUGAUGAGGGCACUCCACCAUAUUUAAGUUUACGGUUGAUACUUUUUCCAGAUGGUUCAAUACAUUUCUUGAUUUAAAAUAUGCGAGUCCGGCAUUGAUGUUUUCCGUAAAAAUUCGGUCAGCAUUCGAAAAAUGUUUACGUUUUAGGGUCUUUAGGAGUGAUUUUCUUCUAGUAGCAGGAAAGCCUUUCCAGGGCAUGCAGGAAUAAUUUUCGAAAUCUAUUUGUUAAAUAAAGUGGUGUUGGUGCAUAUUUUUGGAGGCCCGAUGGAAAAGUACUUUAAUCUGUUCAAUCUUACGUCCCCUGCAGGGUUUGCAAUUCGUAUAGUGUGUGCACUGCCAAUGGGCCUGUAAAUUUGGCUUGUACAAAACAACCUGAUGAUAUCAUGUACCCAAAAUUUAGUUCAGGCUACCCUAUCUUGGCAAAAGAGUUAGAACAGAACUCCACGUGAAAUUUUUAAUUACAUUAAUAAAAUAAAAGGGUCCAAUUAACAAUAGGCGACUUGCACCAAGAGGUCACGUGACCUUAAUCCUCUUAAAUUAGUAGAUAAGGAACUACAAAUAUACAAACCUACACGUUUUGGACAGGGCGUUUGGUAGGGGGGGGGGGACGGUUUAUAGAGGUUCAUUUGAUGGAUGUUAUAUUUCAUUUUACGUAGUGCUAAUUACUAAGUCUUGUUUUAUCUUUAUUUUGUCAAGAUCAUGACGAGGAAUGGCGUCGUUUGCAAGCUGACAAAAAAGGUAAAGCAAAAAAUAAUCCAAUUCCGAUUACCCGUGGCAUUAGAGAGUUUGGCAAAUACAACGGCAACGGCAACAUGGUCAUCAACAAUAGCAUUGAUCCUAAAAGACAAAGGCGAAUGUAAAUUACAUGGUCUUAAGAGCCGCCGUCUGUAAAUAUCGACUGGAGGUAUGCAAAAUGAAAAAAUUCAAAAUCUUCCAACUUUGUCAGAAUAUAGGUCUAGGUAAACUAUUACUAGAAAUAUAACUUUAAGUUCAAUCAGAUUCUUAUUUUGGGCGAAUGGCUAUUUUUUAUUUUUACGUCUCUCAGACUGGUUUAACAGGACACAUACCGCAGGUCUGUAAACACAGAUCGCUUUAAAAUUGAAAUAAAUAGUUAUCACAAACAUUUAUUAACCAUUUCAAAGAGGAAGUAUUUCUAUACAAUUUUCUUGUUCGUUUAUGAAAUUUGCGUUUAAACCAAAUAUUGUAGCGAUUUGUGGCUAAAUUUAGAGUGGAAAAUCGUUCAUUGGACCUCCGCUUUGACGUUUAAGGCCAUAUCCAUGCGAAAGAGCAACGUUUCUUCUUGAAUUUAGUAGAAAAACAAUUUUGGGCUAUUGAAAUUUUGGGCUACGGUUUUUGGGAACGCCAAACGAAAGUGCAUGGCCUCGAAGUUAAGGGGAGGGUCUACCCAAACUUGAGAAUCGCUACUAGCUAUCUUUAAAGGUCUGUUGUGGCAAUACUUUUUAAAAACCUUAUGGCAAACUAUAUAUCAGGAGAAAGCUAAUGGAAUGAAGAUUCUAAAAAAAUAUAUUUAAGGUGGCUACAAUGCGUUGCCAUUGGCAACCAGGUGGUUAAAGUGGCUACAUGCUGUUUCUCGACAGACUGAAGUUGAAAAAAAAUAUCUUGCCAGGGGCAAAUUCAAAUCACCCCAUUUUUUAAUAAUAGACAUAGCACUUAGUAAUUGUGGGGAUGAGUUGAGGAUUUUUGAAAAUUUUAAAUAUUUCACUAGAAACAAAGGGUUAAAGUUAGCGCAUAAAUAUACUAGGUAUUUUUAUGCAAUAACUCUGGUUAAAAACUAAAUAUGAAAAAAUCCUCAACUCAUCCCCAACACAUAGCAAGAUGCAUAAAUCCUGAAAAUUUCAGAUCAAUUGGUCAAAUUGUUCUAGAGAUAUCCUUUUUCAACCUGCGAAAUAGGUGAUUUUGAGAAAACGGCAUUUAAAGUUUUGGUUAUUUGUGAUGUCUAUGAAUUAAUGUCUAAUGUACUCAAAUCCAUGACCAAAGUCUUUCUGGAUGUACUUAAAAGGUACCAGCUUGAUAUGUGGUAACAUCUGUCUUUCUUAAAGCUUCUUCCUUUCUUACACAAAUAAUUUUCUCCCCUUGAUGUCACUUUUUCAGUUGCUCGCACAUCAGCAUGCUCACACGUUUUCUAUCCUUUGAAGCCGAACGUUUGCUUGUAUAUUCCCCACCUGGAAUUAACAGCUUUUUCAUUAUAUACAGUGUACUGGCAGCUCCACAAAAUGCUGGAUAGUGUAACCAAUCCUUCAUAGCCAACAACCAAUUUCGAUUGAACUGUAAACCAUCCGUCGAUUUACAUCAUAAGAUCACCCCCUUCGCGAUACACUAUCAGAUGUAUCUAAGACCUCAACAUUUUUACACGAAACACAUUCCAUGUUCAGGCUUGACAUAAACCCCUGUUUCAUUCCUUCUUCAAGUAACAGGUUUCCUAUGUGAAAGUUUUGAAAAAUUUCUAGUGAGAUAUAAUAGCAUAAUAUUUGGGCAGUACACACACAUGACAUGAUGACAGUAUGUAGUGGUAUUUAUUGGUCCACUGGGCAAGCAGAAAUUUGUAGUAAAACUGCAUUCUACAACUAAGAGAUUGUUUCAAAUUUUACCAAAAGUAUUUUACAAGUUAGAAACAAAAUCAUGAAGCCUACCUUUUCGACAUUUAUGAAUAUCAAAGACAGCAGAUGACAGCUGUUGAAUGUCAACAAGUCUGUAUCAGUGUAUCACUGUAUGCAGAUGUUUGGUCGGCAAUUCUUUCUUCUAUAGCAUCUUUUGGGGGUACCAAGGCAGCUAUGCUGACUCAAUUUCCAUCUUAAUGCAUUAAUGAGUGUUGGAGUUCCUUCUAAUUGAGGUGUAGUUGCACCUUUAUCGGCAAGCGUGUCACCCAAGUCAGACCUCUGUGAAUCAGAAUCACUAUCAACAUCUUGAUCACCCAAGGACGAUUGAUUGUCCUCAGACGCUUGCUUUUACAGACCAACACAGCCAACUCUUUUACGAUAGACACUUCUCUUUCUUUUACUAAUCAUUUGACUAACUACAACGCUUUUAUAACAUCACCAGAAAAUAUUUCAACUUGCUGUUGGGUGACCGUGAGCUCGCUUUUCAAGAAACCACAAUGCGCUAGACAAUGCAUUGUUUUGAAGUAACAGCCGCUGAACAGAGAGUUUGCAGACCCUUCUUGACUGUUCUCUUCAAUUUUUAGCAAACAUGACAUAUUACACCAAAAAACAAUGAAAAUUUUAAAAAAUACCAUGUCCGUUGCCAUAGUAACGCAUGCAAAUUUUAAAUACACAGUCAUAAAAUGUUGAAAAAAACACAAAAUCCGUGAGAAAUACCCCCCAAUUUUUUGGCAGUGGUUAAAUGAAGGAAUAAACUUAUGUUUUAACCCCCAAAAAAAUAAUUCAAUUUUCCGUCACUGUUUUGGUAGACCCUCCCCUUAAAAAUAGCUUUUCAAGUUACGUAAUCUAAAUGCAAUGAAUCUAUGACAACCGAAAGGAAAAAUAUUUAAUCAACUUCCUGUGAAAAUUAUUUGCUUGAAACUGAGGUCUAACUAUAUUCAGUAACAUUGUGUAGUGAUUCCUGAUACUUUUUCGUGAAAUUAUUGGCCUCUACCGCUCUAGCAAUAUUUUUAAUUGACGAACCGACUCGAACUGUACAAAUUGUACGGCGAUAAACAGAUUGUUUAUUUCAAUAUAGAAUCUCAUUAAUAUAAAUUAUUGAUGGUGAUUGAUCUAUUUGCUGCUAAAGGAAAUUAAUGAAUUAUCAACAGGUUAUAAAUCUGUACCUGAACGAGCGAAGUUAACUGAAUGUUGUACUAUAAGCUAGAACGUCUGUUUAUUUUGCGCAGAGAAUGCAUCACGUAGGAUCCAGAACUCGCGUAGUUGCAUUCCUAUCACAAAUGCAUUCCUAUCACGUAUGUUCAUUGUUAUUUUUUCCCUUUCUUUUCCUUUUCUUCCGCAUUAAGUGUACCUUUUCAAGCUUUUGAUUGUCUUCAUGUCCUUUUUCUUUUCCAUUUCUCCCUUUUAUUUCUUUUUCAUUUUUCUCUAUUUUCAAAAUCCCUUUCAAUUCGCUUUAUAAACCUGUUGUCGAAUUAGACUGGUUCAUAUUUAAGCAGUAAUUUGUCAAAGUCGAGUUUAUAUUAUUUCCUCUGCUAUCACAUUACGUUUAAUUACACGAGCAUGAUGCUACACGCUCCGAUAUCCAUUUUUUUGAAGGGCGCCUUACGCGUAUCUGAAAUGCCAUCUAUAUCCAAAUCAAAGUGGUUGCAUAUCAAGCGCAACAUUGCAAUGCUGAGUGUUUUCAAUUUAUUUGCAGCGCACAUAUCGCAAAGUGUCGUAGAUAACUGGAUGAGUAAUCUGACACUCCUUGAUAACUACUUCCCGGGUAGAAGAGUAGGCGGCUUGAUCUUCAAUGGCUUUGGCAUCGUUUUCGUCGUUAUCUCUAAGCUUACGAGACCGCAAUUUUGCUGCUGCUCUUGAGAAAUACGAUUUUAUUUGUUGAGGUGUCAAAAUUCAUUAACACUAAAUCUGCGGCUCCCAUCAUCACUUUUUGCGUACCUCGUAUCCUGAGCAACUUGCAUGUGCUGGAUCUGCUUUGCGUCCAGAAUGCUGGCCGAUUGAAAAUUUGUCAUCAAGGUACUGCUUCUGGUUGUUAUUGAAUCGACCACCCUUUUUUGACGACUUCAAUGCCCAGCCUCGUGGAAGCGUUGCUUGACUAGAAGUGGCACUGCAGGACCGACUAUGAAUGGCUGUACACUGGAUCCUUCCAUUAGCUUAUUUCUGUAUAACAUCUGAGCCUGGUCAAGAAGGCUGCAUCUUUCAGGAACGAUCUUACACUUCCCAUAAAACAUGUGUUCCUCAAGACUGGAGUGUCGCUGGAAAGUGCAAACACAUCCAUCAGCUGGGCAGGAAAAAAGUUCAUUACCCUGUGUGAUCAUCUGGUGUUCCUCUACUUCUUUUGGCUUUUCUUUUCCCUUGGUCGUAGUGGUCAAAGUACGUACAUCCGCAAAAUCGCCAGUAGUCAAUUGAGUAUUUGCCAGGAGGUGAUCGUGCGAUAAUUGAUGUUGUACUAUAAAUGUGAAAAAAAUAAACUUUGAAAGUAUCUUUAACAUAAUUAAUUAAGUAGUUUUAUUACUAUACUUUGGUAACUAAAAAUUAUAAAUAACCUUUUAAUGCAGACCAUGGUAUAACCUUUCCUUUCCCUAUAUCGUAAGCUCUCCAUAUUGUGAUAUCCUUCUUGUCAUAGUGGAAGUUGUUCAGAAAGCUUACGCCCUCUAAUUUUCCAUCAACACACACCGAGUUUUGCCCUUGGAGGUCAACUAGAGCAACCCGAACACCAUCAACACCACCAUAUGAAAACAUAGCCUCUUUAAAAUCAGCUGCUGUUAGUACGUCGUGGCCCUCGUUGAUAUAGCGACAAACGUGUUUCCACCUUGUGGAUCGCUGACGAACGUUUUCCACCUUGUGGAUCGCUGAAGUCUACCCUUUGGACCUUUAUUCCUGUUGUUCUUGGAUAAAAUGAAAACUUAUAUACAUUGACACACGACUGAAUUUGGCGGUAAGGACAGAUAUUAGGCAGCCUGGAUGCUCUAGUCAAAGGACACACGUCAUCAGGAAGACUGAUUCCAACAAGGCCUUGAUGGAUCUUGUAGAACAUAGUGGUUAGUGUGGCAGUCGCCGUUGUUGGAGAUUGUCCCAACCCAGGUGGUCGAUCAUUGGAGAGACCUGGCUAGCUCUGGAAUAGUCAUUGAAGACAAAUCUAGCAGCUCUGCGUUGAACCAUCUCGAUCUUGUUGAUGUUCCUCUUGGUGUAAGGGUUCCAGACUGUAGAAGCAUACUCAAGUUGCGGACGGACAAGACUAGUAUACGCUCUUGACUUAACAGCAGCGCUACAUUCACCAAGGAUUCUUCUAAGUAAGCCAAGAGUGCUAUUUGCCUUACUACAUAUGAUGUCACAAUGUUUGUUCACAAUGUUUGUUCGUGGCUUAGCGGUGAGUGCGCUCGCCUUUUACCAAUGCGACCUGGUUUCUGCAGGUUCUCCACAAAUAUCAACUUAAAAAUUCCAAUUUGAUCUGGGAGAUGAUAAUUCUCAUGGGCGUACCGGGCGGGUGGCGGAGGGGGCGGCAGCCCGCCCCCCCCCCCAGUUUGUUGGGCAAACAAAGCCAGUCGGGCAAUAUUCGCUUCACAGUCGGGCAAUAUUGGCUUAUUAUAAAAAUAAAUGGGACAAAUUCUGUCAAUUUUGUGGGAAAUUCUGUCAAUUUUGUGGGAAAUAUGCUAUCUAAUAGGAAUUUUUCGUAAUCACUCCUCCCCUCCCCCCGUCGACAACAAUUUUGGAAAGUUUCUCCGGAAAAUUUUUGACAACGCGGGCACAAUCCGAAAAAGUCGGGCAAAUUUCUUUCCUAAUUUUUCCUUCCCGUACGCCCAUGAUAAUUCUCAAUAGAUCUAACCUCUGCUAUCUCGAUCCUUUCGCCCUAUAGUGCGAUAAAAUUUAUAUUUGUUUGUUUGCUUCUUUGUUUGUUUUAUUUAUUUUUACUCUUGUCAGGCUUUAUAACGUUUUGCGAGAGGUUCAGAAUCACCAUAAUACGCACCUUGUAGUCUGUCUUAAGGUAUUACUUUCCUUCUUUCAACCGCUUGUUCGCACCUUUCUACCCACUGUCUGUCUUGACCGCGAUCAACUACUUGGCUACUUUUAGGCAAAAUGUGGUUCGCUAUAACUACAGCUUCUGUUUUAAAAAAGUAGUCAAAAACUACUGGCUACUUGAAAAUUGUAAUUCGCUACAGUAGCGAACUACAACUACUUCGCUACUACCCACCCUUGUUUGUUGCUAUAGGCUUUGUUCUACUAUAUAUUCUCCUUGACAUACUGUACGCAUAUGUACGUCCUUGGAUGAUAUUUUCGCCAAAUUUAUAAACAACACAGCAUCAUUUUGAAAAUUUGAAUUAGCUAUGUAAGUCAACUUUGAACCACCUGAAUACCUUAAGAGUCGAUCUUAAAAAUCUGAACGAGAGCAUAUAGAUAUUUUAGGUGCUUAAUUAAUACGUUAUUUACCGUCUCAGGAGCGUCCCUUGACCUUUUGUCUCGGGCCGCUUCCAAAACCGCGGAAAAUAUUUUUACAGUAUAACCCGGUAAAUAACAUGUAUAUAUUAUAUUCUCUGCAAAACUUUAUACACGACAUAUAUCAUAACACACUGAAAGUGUUAAAAUUCUCUAUGCUGACAUACAAUAGAUCAUAAUAAUUCUGUUACAUUUUUCUAUGUUGACGAUUUCAAGCAAUCGCUAUUGUCUGCACGGAAUAUCAAUCGCGACUGCGGUUUGAACAAUAUAAAAUAUAUUCUUAUACUCUACACUCUGUGACAAGUAUAAAGCAUUUUCUGGCUGAAUUUUAACACACAUGAUAGCAGGAGAAUAUUAAGCUAUAAAUCUUAUGAAAAAAAGAUAACAAAGGUUUGCUGCUUACCUGCUCUGGCUAGAAGAAGAUCUGCCUCCGUUUUCAAAGCUAAAUCAUAACAGUUAAAAUACUUCAAAUGACUUUUCACAUCUUUCUUACAAUUUGCUAUUGUUAUGCAUGUAGCAUUAGCAGGAUUAGAAGAACUGCUACCGCAAGAACCACCGACGAAGAAAGAGUAAUAACUACACGACGCCAUAUCUGAACUAGACCGGCUAUAUAUAGAAUAGUGCAAUGUACAGUACAAUUCGAGCAGCAUCAAGCAUUUAAAAAUAUUGCUAGAGGUUUAAUGUUAACAGUAAUUUCACGAUUUAUAUCGUGUGUUUUAUCGUGUUGCUUUGAAAGCCCCCUCAUUCCAGUCCAGGUCCUCCCCCCCCCUGAUGGAAUGUUUUCAAACGAGGAGGCCAGGUUGCUGAGCCGCCUCUCGUGGCAACGAUCAUGGGGUUAGCGCCUCUUUCGAAAAUGGAAUUUUGAAUUUUUGAUAAAAAAUGAAUUUUUGAACAAACCAAGUUCUUUCGAAAGAGGAACGUUCAUACUCUUAGGCGAUGUGAAAUUUAUUGCUCUGCGACGAUUUUGAGGCGAGAUAUUGGACUCGAUGUCGGAGAGUAUAUCAGAUAAGUGGCUAGCCUUGUAGUUAUUUAUGUCCUAUAUGGCCAUGUCAUCCAGUGCCAGUACUGACGACCGUUCAAGUACGACGAAAACGUAAAGCAAUCACAUCAACUAGACUCAGAAACACAACAAAUGCAUUCUAUUAACAAGUGAGAUAUAUUUUUUACAUAUAUUGUUAAUAUUUUUUGAAUUAUUUUGUUAUUUUAAAAUAUUAUAACGGUUAAAUAUUCAAAAUAUAUAGGACGUUCAGAGAUUGGGCCGCCUGUGGUUGACAUGGAUUCAUUGCAUUUAGGGGCGGACCAUUAGAAAUCCCGGGAGGGGUAUAAAAUUUUUGCGGCACGAUUUUUUUUUCAGUCUCAAGUCUCUGCAGGAUUUUUUUUUAAAGGACAUUGGCACCCAAAAUUUUUAUUACUUAUAUCUCUUAGGUAUACUUGCGGAAUAUUUAAUUUCAUAUUUUGGCCGGUUUGUCGCGUUUAGUUGAUGAGAAAAUUUGAUAGAAAGUUCAACAGUUGUCCGCCAUUUUGAAAAUAAGCGCGUAUGCUAAUUUAUGCCUCAAAUACAUUAUCUGACGUCAUUGGCUGGGUAAAAACAAUUUCAUGACUAUAAACAAUACCGAGUAUUGCCACGCGUAGUGCAUUUGAACCGAAACAAAAGGCAGCAAAGUUUUACCAAGUAUGUAAUUUGUUUGUAACACUAUUUCUCAUAGUAUAUAUCCUACUCCGUGUUAAAUAAACGCAGAAAUUCGAGUGCAACAAGACAAAUACUAAUGCAAUAUUUUAUGAUCAAUUACCUGUAUUGUAAAUUGCGCCAUUCCUUGCUUUCCCAGUCGCUCGAUAUGUUUUUAUCUGAUAGUGUAGACUUAUCUUGUUUGAUUGCGAAGAGUGUUGGCCAGUAUAACGCUCAAAACGACAUAUUUUUAGCUAACAUAACACGCACGCAAUAGAAUUCUCUCUUGUAGUUUUAGUGCUACCCAUCCAAUGACGUCACAAAGUUCAUUGACCUUCGAGAUAAUUUGUCAAAAAAUAUUUCCAAGAUGGCGGCGAAAGACAAAGUUUGCAUGCAUUUUACUCGUAAACUAAAAUGUUUGAGAACGAAAUGAUAAUAUUUUCAUAGUUAGGUCGUCAAGUAGGAUUGAAAUAGCCAAUAAAAAUUUUCGGUGCCAUUGUCCUUUAAUGCAUUUAACCUCUGCACAAAUUUUUUUUCAAGACCAUUUGUACUUUGCUGUUUGCUUGCACGAAUUUUUUUCCUCUGACGUAAUGGCUGCACGAAUUUAUUUCCAGGCAUUUUUCUUUGCACGAAUUUUUUGGGGGAAUUUUCACACACACCCCCCCCCUCCCGGGAUUUCUAAUGGUCCGCCCCUUAGAUUACGUAAGUUGAAAAGCUAUUUUUAACUUCAAGGCCACUUGCGUUUGGCGUUCCCAAAAACCGUAGUUUCAAUAGCCCAAAAAAUAUUUUUCUACUAAAUUGAAGAAGAAACGUUGCUCUUUCGCAUGGAUAUGGCUUUAAACGUCAAAGCGGAGGUCCAAUGAACGAUUUUCCACUCUAAAUUUAGCCAUUUUUUGGUCUCGAAAAAUUCAGUAAGUUAAGUAAAAAAUCAAAAAUCGCUGAAAUAUUUGGUUUAAACGCAAAUUUCAUAAACGAACAAGAAAAUUGUAUAGAAAUAUUUCCUCUUUGAAAUGGCUAAUAAAUGUUUGUGAUAAAUAUUUAUUUCAAUUUUUAAGCGAUCUGUAAACGACCUAUGGUAUGUAUCCUGUUAAACCAGUCUGAGAGACGUAAAAAUAAGAAAAAUGCCGUUCGCCUAAAAUAAAAAUCUGAUCGAACUUAAAGUUAUAUUUCUAGUAAUAGUUUACCUGGACCUAUAUUCUGACACAGUUGGAAGAUUUUGAAUUUUUUCAUUUUGCAUAUCUCCUGUCGAUAUUUACAGACGGCGGCUCUUAAGGGUUGUGCAAUGCCGUAUAUAUAGACGUAGUUGUUGAAACUGGUACGUGAUUUGCACAUUUUCACGGUGCAUGACCACGGCAACAGUUAAUUCGUUCGAUGUUAUUUGAAGUAUUAUAUUUGAAUUCGCGGACUAUUUUUACUUAAAGAGGCUGUCAAGUCCGUUACAUUUUCAACUCAGUGCUACAGUUGUAAAAUAUGAUUAGAUAUAUAUUAUACUAAAUUUUUAACCCUUUCUGGUUCGCUAUGCUUGUAAAUGAAUACAGACUAGAGAUUCAAUUCAAGAAAGUUCAAAAUAUACGAAAUAUUAAUAACAUUCCAACGGUCGGGUCCCGACCAUUGGAAUGUAAGCCUGCGCAGAACGUAUGAGCAGAACGGAUUGACAGCCUCUUUAAGGGCUGUUUUUACUUAAGGGCUGUUUUAGAGAAGCAAGAAUACUUAAAGAGGCAAAUUAAGUGUAGUAACGUAUACUUUGGCUCAAAUACAAUAAUAUAAGCCAUUAUAUUUCCCCCGUUGCCGUUCUAGGUUGCCAAACUCUCUAUUAUAACGACAAACGAACAACAGGAUAAAAGAAAGGAAGUAUAUAAAAUUCAACAGCUGCAUUAAACAUCCUACGAGGAGAAAGACGGCGUCUUUAUUGCAUGGUUUUUCUUUACGCCCAAUAUUUAACAAUUAUUCGCCGAAGGCGAAGUGAUUACCGGUGAAUAUUCACCGAGACGAAAUCGAGGUGAAUAUUCACCGUAAUCACAAUCUCGUUCCCAGAGUAUGCCUGUUCGCGGGUUAGGUAGUGGCAUGACUCUGGGGAAAUCGAAUUUUUUUUAUCCAAAAUGAGAUAAAUGGCGCAUGCGCUUUUAUUGCUUUUUUUUAUUCCGCUUACUAAAUUCGCGCGGGCACACGCUCACAAUCGAUAUUGUUUUAAUUAAUAAACAAAGAUUCUCAUCAGAAUAAUCAGUAUACAAAAUGGGUUUUUAUACGUUUAAAGGUGCUUUAAAUCGUACUACUAUUAAAUUAUAUUCAAUGGCAAAUACUGAAAGAGCUAUGAAAGUUGUUCUAGCGAAAAGAGGGCUUGAAUAUUCGUUAAAAGGCGAGACAUUCAAAUGUAUCUCGGCCAUAAUGUAAAAUGGUGAAAUGUUUUGGUUGUUUUGCCAACAGGUUAUGGGCUUAUUAUGGCAAAUAUUAAAAUAUUUCAGCUGCUACCUGACGUGUACGACGUGUUACUUGGCGUAACUAUUAAAUUCUAUCGUGAUAGUCAUAUCUCCACAUGAAUGACCAAGGCAUUUCUGCAUGCAUGAUGUCAAAGUAUGAUACAAGGCCAUUCUGUGCUACACUAUAUUAUGGUGAUGGCAGCGAUAUCAAAUUACCAUUGGAUCGACAUGAGAACCUGACGUAUAAGCUGUUCUAUAUGCACCCAGAAAUGUGUGUCUGUGACAAGAAAAUACAAGCUUUUUUUAACUGUAUACUGUAAACCUCUGAAUAUAAUGCUCACCUCAUUCCAAAUAUAAGCCCCCCCCCCAAAUAUAAGCCCCCCUGAAUAUAAGUCCCCUGAAUAUAAGCCCCCUGAAUAUAAGCCCAGUAUCCCACUAUGUUAUUUAACAUUGACAUUGUCUUUUAAUAUAGCAGAGAACGAUAUUUGAAACACUGUCAUUGUCUUUAUAGCUUACUAUGUUAAUGGAGUGUGUUAUUAAUACAUGUUUAUUUUCCUGUUUAUGACUGACUUGUUUAUUACUAACACAAUUGAUCGUCCAUGUAUAAGGCCCCCAUGCAUAUAAGCCCCCUCCCCUAAGCCCAUCAAAAAUCACUUACAAAAGAAUAUAAGCCCAGGGCUUAUAGUCAGAGGUUUACGGUAUUAUAUAUCCCAUAUUUUAACAAUAAACACAUUAUUUUUUAUAUUAUAUUACAUUAACAUAUAUACAUGGAGCACAUAUAAAGUCUUUAAAUGACAGUACAUUGUGUUUGUAAUUAUAAUUACCAUAAUUACUUGUGUCGAAAGUAAGAAAUGAAGUGAACAAAUCCAUAUACCGGGUGGCGCAAAAAAAAGUUAACCUGUUUGAUUUGUUUUAACUUAAAAGCUAAAAGAGCUAUUACAUGUAAACUACGUGCAUUGUAUUCAGUAUUGUCUAACUUAAAUUUUGAUAUACGCCCUGUGCAUUUUCGUGCAAUAUUGACCGAGAGAGCUGCGUUUAAACUUGAGUAAACAUUUUUGAAAGUGUCGAGAAUUAGCCAAAAACGGCCUAUCAAAUAUUUAAUACAGCAAUAUCCUGUGCUUAGACGCACUAUAGUCAGAAAGUACACGUUCGUUGUCAGAGACCUGCCCAACGCCGCCGGUAUAACCUCACGAGCAUUAUUUACCCUUACAUAUUCUAAACAUAUCAAAACUCUUUGGUCAUUCGCUAAACGAGGCGUAUUUAUAAAAAAAAACACUUUACGUUUCUUUCUUGGAACAUUAGAAUUUGAUUCCCCAGGGUCAUUGGAUAUUUAGAAUAAAUCUUUUAAUCAAAAUCGCUUCAUAAAUUAAUUUUCAUGUAUUCCCAAAGACCUUAAACAAAAAUAAAAGAACACCUCCAUCCUAUAAACAUUUUUAAUUUAAACUUCACUUCAUUGAAACGAAUAUUUACGAUAAAAUGGUAAGGGUUAUCAAAUUAGUUUAACAGGCCGUUUUUAGCUAAUUCUCGACACUUCCCAAAAUGUUUAUUCAAGUUUAAACGCAGCUCUAUCGGUGAAUAUUGUACGAAAUUGCACAGGGCGUAUAUCAAAAUUUAAGUUAGACAAUACUGAAUGCAAUGCACGUAGUUUAGAUGUAAUAGCUCUUUUAGUUUUUAAGUUAAUAUAAAUCAAAUAGGUUAACUUUUUUUUGCGCCACCCGGUAUAUUUGUUGAAAAUUUCUUGCAGUGGGUAUCUUCCAUUUGUUUUUCAUGCUUCAUACUGUGUAUCUUUGGAACAUUUAAUCAGCAACUAAUUAUAGGCAAGGAUAUAUUUACUAGCUCAUUACUCCAUAUUACCAGGUACAUGCCUGUAUUAAACAUGCAAUACAUCAACCUUGCAAUCCAGGCUUUAACCCCUGCAGUUGCCCCUCUCCUGCAGCAUGUUUGGGAAGGGAGAGGAAGGAAUGGAGGUACUGUAAUUUCUAUAUUUCUAUUCACAUAGUAUAAUAGUUUGGAAAUGGAAUCAAUACUUGUAUAUUUUUAGCAAAUGAGCAUUGUUAUUGAUCAACAAUGACUCUUAUUGCUAUAAACAACAUUGUUUCACAUAGCAACAGACAAGGAAACAUCUGUAUUUAAAUUCACUACUUAUUUUUUAUCCAGACACAAAUUGAUGUAAAAAUUGUUUCAGGUUUGGCUUAGUUAUAGCCUUACAUCAGGCUAUUCCAUUUAAUAUCCAUACCCCCCCCCCCUGUCGAGGAUCCCUGGAAUUCUUCAGGGGUAAAGUGUUUUGAGCUUGGAAUUCUUCAGGGGUAAAGUGUUUCGAGUUUGGAAUUCUUCUGGGGUAAAGGGUUUUGAGCUUGGAAUUCUUCAGGGGUAAAGGGUUUUGAGCUUGGAAUUCUUCAGGGAUAUAAAAGGGUUUUGAGCUUGGAAUUUUGGAAUUCUUCAGGGGUAAAAGGUUUUGAGUUUGAAAUUCUUCAGGGGUAUAACCAUGAAAAACAUGUAUCCUCGACAGGGGGUGUACGGAUAUUAAAUGGAAUAGCCCAUCCUGCUGUCAAGUGGCAAUCACUUACAAAGCAAAUCUAUAACCAAAUGUUUUGCAUCCUGAGGAACUUCAUUAUUCUAUAAUUUAUACAGAUGCUACAAAAACACCUGGCACUUAAAUUUAUAUAGAUAACUCCAUUUACGAAAGCACAAAGACCACAGGCUACAACAUGUUGAGUAUUGACCAUAAUGUACUGUAUUGUUUAAAGCUUCAAGUUUUUAACACAAGCAAAAGCUGUCACUCCAAAGUCCUGGCAACAAUAUGUCAAUUUAACAAAACGACAACGUGUGCAAUGAUUUCAUUUAGCCAAUUCUUUCAAGGUUAUAAUGAAUAUACUCGUACUGUAGAUCGAUAAAAAGUCAUUCAUAAAUACCAUGCCAUUUUUUAAGUAUAUACCCAACGUCCCAAUACUUUUUCAUACGAUUAAUAUCAUAUCCUUCGAUUUAUAUCGUUUGAUUUCGCAUUCCAAAUCUGAUAAACAUUGAUAAUUCUCUCUUCGCGUAUGUCCACGCGUAAUUCUCGCAAAAAAACACGCAUAAUUGUGUCGGCAGCAUUGAUUAACACGGCAGCCAAUCAAAUAACGAUUUCGAUUCGAUUUCCCCGGAGUCAUGCCACUACCUAACCCGCGAACGGGCAUACUCUGGGAACGAGAUUGCCGUAAUCACUGAGCGUGAGGCGAAUAAUUGUUUUAGUAUAAAUUUUUAAUGAAUAAAACAAAAUAUCCAAAUAUCAGUUCAAUUAAAUUUCAGAAAUAAAACUGUUUUCGGCCUGUUCACUAAUAGUGUUGCAGUGUUUCUUGUACACGUACGCUUUCAAAAUGGCUUCUUGUGUGACUUUAUUGCUUUAUUACAAAGUUGUUUUUCUCGAUUUCUGCUUGGAAUAUUAACACAAUAACGGAAUGACUCUUUCACCAGACUUAGAAUUAAAAAUAAUUUCUGUUUAGCAUUAAUUUCUUCAGGAAAUGGCUGAGGAAUUUGGUAAAAUGAAAUGUAACUCUAUAUCGUUACACUUUACAAGUUUCGAAAACACAAUACAGCGGUCAGAACACCAUACAGCACAAUGAAAACAUGACAUGUCAAAAGAAAUAGUGUCGUACAAAUUGGGAAAUCUAUAGUAUAUACAAAAUAAAAUGGAUUUAAAGAAUAUCACGGCAAGGUUUUUCCCAAUAGUUGGGAUGGUUUUUGCUAUUUGUUUGAAGUAAAUGUUUCGGAGUUUUAAAUAAGUUUUAAAUUGUCCGUGAAUAUGUUUGACACAGUAAAAUAAUAAAGGAAUCCUACCUUUCAAGUCAAAUACAACAUUUUGUGCUUCCUUCGUUUUCUGGGGACGAUUUUUUCAGUAUUUUGUCGAUUUUGAAACAAAAUUUGCCGAAUCAUUCUUUUUGAAAAGCAUUAUUUACUGCCCAGGUGGUAAAUAAUGCCUCAGAUUUACUAGUCAACUAGCCAAUCAGAACGCGCGAAAGCUCAUUUGAUAUGCAAAAUUUAUACUAAUAAUUAUAUAUAAGUCCGUCAUUAUUAAAUUCUACCGUCGUCGUGCUGAGGACACUCGACCAUAUUUUAAAUCUACCAUUAAUACUUUUCCCCGAUGGUUUAAUACAUUUCUUGAUUUUCAAAUAUGCGAGUCCGGCAUUGAUGUUUUCAGUAAAAACCCGAUCAGCAUUCGAAAAAUAUUUACGUUUUAGCUUCUUUAUUAGCGAUUUUUUUCUAGCAGCAGCAAAGCCUUCCCUUGGGAUGCAAGAGUAAUUUUCGAAAUCUAUUUGUUGAAUAAAGUGGUGUACGUUGCCUGUUGGUGCAUAUUUUUGGAAGUCUGAUGAAAAGUACUUUAAUCUGUGCGCACUGGGGCCUGUAUAUGUGGCUUGUACAAAACAACCUGAUGAUGUCAUCUACCCAAAAUUUGGUUCAGGCUACCCUAUACAGUAUAUAGUCUUCCUAACUAACGUCUGCUGAAACGAGCUGCACAUUCCAUUCCCUCCGAUCGACCAAUCACAGCGAACCUUCUAUAUUUCGGAAAGUGAUUUAGGGGCGGAAUAAAAAGUACAUAAAUAUUUUUAUAUUUUGAAAGCAGUCGUCGGUUGAAUUUUGGUCAAAAUUGCGCAUAAAUUGAAUUUAAAGACAUUGAUACUUGUCCAGGAAAUAAAAGGCAUAAUUAUCAGAUUCGGAUAUUAAAGCCUGAUUCUCAUAUGUCGCCGACGUCGGCGAUGCCAUUGUUUGAGAUAAGUGAAGAAGAACAUAGACAAAAGAUUAAUGAUCAACGACAAUGGGCAUCGCCGACAUCGGCGACAUAUGAGAAUCAGGCUUAAAGAUGUACGCGGACAGGAUGGCAUACUGUAUGAAUCUAGAGGCGACAUGAGCAUCAAAUGCCGAAUAUAUUUCGCUGAACAUACACAACAAAACUCUACGUCUUUACAUAAGACAACAAAACUCAGAAGACAGAAAAUUUGAUAUAAUACUGUGGCUUAGAAAGCGAAAUAUUAGUGAACUAAUUUGCUGGAUGAGCACUUCUGACUUCUGAAUGUAAACACAUCACAAAUAUAAAACCCGAGAAACUUUUAAAUGCGCCGAGAUGAAUUUCCAAUUCGCCCAAACUUCGAAACGUUUAUACAUCUAACUUCGUUAUGCUUUUCUACAUGACAACGAGAGCUUAAUCUUUUAGAAUUUUUCGUCGAAGCCAUGCCCAUGGUAUAUAGGAAGUAUUUAAUAGCAACAUUUGGACAUAUCCUGAUAUACUCGUUCUCGAGUUUCCUGAUUGCUUCAGUUGUCAUUGUUAACAAAAUUUAAAAUUUCGCUUAUUGUAUAGCUCUUGCAUUUUAUAUAAACCGGUUGUUUCCAGAACAUGCGAGAAGAUGAUCACAAUAUUAUUCUACGUAAACAUCAUGAAGUUCAAGGCUAUAGUUUCCAAAAUAUCUCCACGCAAGUAAACAAAUUUCAACCCAAACAGUUAUGUUGCCUCAUCAAGGGCUUUCCCCAGUAGCUAAUCUCUUAACAAGAAGGUUUCCAAUUAGCUCUAACUCUUUUGAACAUUGCCAGAUGAUUGGCUCCUAAAACAAAGGUAAUGGAAUGUGCAGCUCGUUUCAGCAGUCGUUAGUUAGCGAGAGUCACGUGACUUAAAUUCUGUUAAACUAGUAGUUGUGGAACUACAAAUUGACAAUGAACAUACGGAGUGAUGUUUUAAGCAAAAAUUCGUAAUUUUUGUUUUAAAAACUUCAAAAAAAUUCUUACACGUUUAGGCAGGGCGCUUGGUUGAGGGGGAACGCUUUAUAGAGGGCCAUUUGAUGGAGGUUAUAUUUCAUUUUACAAGCCCUGAAAGUGCAUUUCCAGCCAUUUCUCAGAGUAAUUUUGAAUAUUGAAUAUUUAAAGAUAAAUUAAAUUAAAUCAACUUAAUAUCCAAUAAUGGAAUGUUCUUUAUAUCAAAUUUCUUCUAGACUAAAAUACAUAUUUAACGUUUUGUCACGGCGUGUCAAUCCAGAUCACUCGCAGCUACGCAUAGGAAUUUGAUACAAGUUUUCCAACCUGGGAAGUAAACAAUUAAGCAUGUUGUGCAAUGAGACUUUAGCUGUUGUUUUUUGUUUUUGUUUCUGCUUUUAUCCUGCUAAGAAUGGACAACCAAUAGACGUCCAAUAAAGGUCUUUCAAUUUUAUGUGAAUUAAGCUAACUAAAGUCAAGUGUCUAACUAAAAUUUUUGGGUGAUGCAUUAUCUGUCUAAAAAGGCCAAUUUACACUACACAACUUUUGCCCAAAGCCUGGUUUCCAUAUGGUCGUAAGAGAAUAUGUAUGAUUUAAAUGUGGUUUAUAGGUAAAAAAAACUAUUACAAUCUGGCCGAUGAGAAAAAUCGUAACUUUAUCUUUUAUGACUGUUACAACCAUAUAUGGAAACCUGGCUUAAAACUGUUGCAUGCAACGUGCUUACAACUUGAGUUGUACUGUGUACUUGGAGAUGUGUUUGGCUGCAUGACAAACGCAAUGACUCGGGCUGGCUCGUUUAGGCAGGCUAUAAGUAUUUUGCUCUGUUCACAAGAAUAUAUUGUUGUAAAUAAGAUAUUCUCGUCAAAUUUCGAUCGUGUUUCAUUUUACAUAGUACUAAAUCUUGUUUUAACUUUAUUUUGUCAAGAUGUGGAAGAUUAUACCCGUGCAUAUUCGCAAGCUCUCCAAGAAGGUAAAGCAAAAAAUAAUCGAAUACCGAUUAUGCUGGUCGGGCAAGACCGAGGCGGAAAGACGUCGCUGAUGAGACGUCUUUUGGGAUUACCAUUCAACAAAGAUCAACCCAGUACCAAUGGUAUUAACGUUAAUGUUAUCGAGCUAUCAGAACAAAAUGCACAAGAUCCUUGGAAAAAAAGAGAAGUGAUGAAGUUUAUGACCAGUGAAAGUGAGGCAAAGAAUGUGUUGUACAAAAAAACUGCCGAGUACCUUGAUAGAGAAGUUCAGAGGAAGUUAGAAGACAUUGAUACUGACCUUGACAUUGACAUUGACAUUGAUGGUGGAGUUCAGGGGUAUUUUGAAGAGGAUGUGCCAGAACCUGAGAAGCCAGUGAAGAGAAGAAAAUUAGAAAGUGAAGAAAUCUCCGAAAUCAUAUCGCAGAGGUUCAAGAAACACAACCAGAAAGAAGUUCUUCGGGUAUUUGUAAGUGACUUUGCUGGACAGUCAAUCUAUUACGAUACCCAUGGCUGCUUUGUGAAACCGCAUUGCCCGUAUGUUUUGGUUCACGACCUUUCUCUGGAGUUUGAUGAAACCGCCGUUCCCAGGUUUAAAGACCGAGCUGAAAAGAAAGAGAUAGAAAUGAACAAUCCUCAUCGUAAUACCAAUUUAGAUAAUUUUACAUCAUGGUUGAAGUUUCUGCAAGGUUUGGGAGAAUGGCAAAAUCAACAGUUUCCUGAUAAAUCUGGUCACUGUACCACUGCAAAAGGUGAGAAAUUUAAACGGCCACCAGUUUUAAUAGCCUUAACUCACAGUGAUAAGGUAAAAAGCAACGACAGCAAAAUAGAUAGCGUACUAAAGAGAAUAAAAAAUGUCGUGUUUGAAGGAAAAUAUGAGAAUGUCAUCCCUGGGGUUUUCCAGAUCGACAAUACAUUGGAAGGCGACGACGGAGACGACGUGCGAAAGCUUCGUAGAAAGCUUUUUGACCUCUCGAAUGCAGUCCUUAACCAGGAGACUUUUAUGCCUGUGAAGUGGCUAGAUUUUGAAGCCUCUCUAAGCCGGAAGCUAUCACCAGAUUGCAAGUAUAUCCCAGUUGACGAAGCUAAGCAGGAAGCGGAGGCCUGUGGUGUUGGGGAAUUUUAUCAUGCUAUUAAAUUUCUACACCGCCAAGGUGUGGUCGUACACCACAGUGGAUCAAGCAAAGUUGUAUUGAAUCCUCCCUGGCUAAUGAAUCUAUUUACGAAUGUGAUCUCCAUGCCUGGCAAAUUAGAUGCCUUGUCCAUGCACCCUCUUGGUAUGUUCAAGGAGAAAGGCAUUUUGUUUCAAGAAUAUCUUCAGACGCUGGAACACGCAGAACUUUUAGAAGAGCUGAUGCAAAAGUUUAAUUUGAUUUGUGCUUGCCAGCACGACGGAAAGCCAGCUUUUUAUGUCCCUUCAGUUGCCCCAACUAUUAUGAUACCAGGAAAAGAGUUGGAAGCUAGCGAAAAGGAGUUGAAUGUUCCAUCGCUGUUUGUGACAUUUCCUCGCCAACUUGUGCCGAUAAGCUUGUUUACGAAGCUUCAAGUGAAGUUAAUUUCUGAGUGGGAAAGGCGCUUCCACAAACAACAAGCCACGCCUUCCUUCUACUGCAACUACUCCUUGCUUCCGCUUAUUAUAGACGGCGACGUGUAUGAUGUUUGUUUAAUCGACCUCCACGACUUCAUUAAGGUUGCCGUUUUUCCAAAACAGGAUGGCAACCAUUUCAAGUUUGCCAGUCAUCUCUUAUCCACCUUGAAAAAGUGCUUGGACGACCUUAAAUCUCCAGACCAACUAUUAUUCAGCAUGACCAGCUAUGACCUCGAAGUGGAAUGUACCUGUUGCUUUGGUAAAGAAGAAAGAAAAUGUUCUCGUCAUCAUGAGAUCCAGUGUCAUUCAGAUCGUUGUGGGCACCACCACUUCUGGAAGCUUAGUGACCUUCAGAGACUCUACAACGAUAAAUCCCCCGCAGUUUGCCGGUCCGACAAACUCUCGUCCAAGGUGUUUGACAUAAAGAGUGUAAAAAUUUGGCUCAAUACUGGUAAGUGGCUAACACUAAAGGCGUUUUUACUUUGCCAAUUUUGAAAUGUUUAGUUGACAGGUAUUUUUUUGUAGAAAUGUAUUUUUUAAGUACUGUUUUAAACUUGAGCAGCAGUGUUUUAUCCAUAGAUAUCUUAUAUACAUUAGAUAGCGCAUCUCUUUUAGUAAAAUUGAAGCCAAGAAUAUUCCAGCGGUUACCCCCAUUUGAAUAGAUGGCGUCCGUGUUGGAGUUUCCCACUCGCUAAUAAACGCUUAAAACACAACAAUAACUUUCAUCAUUUGAAUAGUUUGAAAAUGUAUUUGGAAUGGGUUUAACUUAAUGUUUAAGUUCCCUGUUUAAGAAAUAGAAAACAUACGAGUCUUCUCAUUCCAUGGGAAUAUCCUGAGUCUGCAAUCACGGCUUCAAUUUUUGAAUUGCAGAAUAAUUAGAUGCACUAUCUAGUGUAUAUAAGAUAUCUAUGGUUUUAUCAGAUAUUAAGAUACGAGACGAAGCCGAGUAUCUUUAGCUCUGAUAAAACACGCACUGCAAAUGUUUUAAAUUGCUUCAAAAACGAUCGAACUUACUGGUUCAUUGGCGAAGUAAUUUUGAAAAAGGAGUUAUUUGCUUCAGCGAAUAAUCAAUUUAUUGCUUCCUUGGGAAUUUUGUUGGGAUAUUUAUUUUGCAACACAUCAGUGCAUUUCCAUGUCACGCUUCACGUGCAUCUUGGGCCUACUAAAUAAAACGUUGAGGGUUAACAGCUCAAGGUCAUUCACCUUUGGCUUCACAAGGCAAGUUUUCAAGUCCUCCUCACAAGUUUUCCUUUCCCUCCCGUCCUCCCUUGCCUCAUUUUGCGUCCUACGAUACACGUUACUGGCGGUUUUGUAUAUGGGGCGUUUUUUAACACCCCCACCUUUUCUGUGCUAUGCAUGAAUACUAAAUUUGUAACAUUUAUUUGUAAUUUGAUAUUUUUGUGUUAAUCAUUAAAUCGGCAUUGUGCUCCUGCACAUUGCCAUUAUUUUAUCCAGAACGGUGUACUGUUAUUGAUCUUUUGCAUGCAGUCCUUCGCACAGAAAACGGAGCUCAUCAGGCUGAUAAAUUGCCGCUAAAGUUUAGGUUAUGCAUUGCUUGCUACCGCGGAAGCGAUAAAAUACGUUGUGUAAAUCGAGGAAAUCAAAGUUAAAGAUAGGGUACAGUCCGUUCUGCGCAUGCGCACAUAUGAGUUUCCUGCCGUGAUAUAAACAAUUUAAUUAAGCUUUCAUUUCAUUUUAUGUUCUUGCAAAGCCUGAUUGUUGUAUCUUGAUCAUUUAUUAUACUGUAGAAGCAUGGAAAUAUAAAUAGUUGUCGAAUAAAGUUUAAUAUUUUGAAUACCGAAAUGUAAACAAAGGCUUUGAUUAGUUACGGACUGUACCCUAUCUUUAAAGUUUAUGUAAAUCAAGGGAAAUCUUUAUCACAUAUGAAUAUACGACAUGCUGAUGAUUUUUCUUUGUGUUUCCUCAUGAAUUAUUAAUGAGUUUUUCGGAAUCAUAUUUAACAAUUAGAUAAGUACUGUUGUCUAAUUAUUAAAUAUGAGUUGUAUAAUUUUUUUAAUGUUAUGGCGAUAUCUCCUUUUUUAAUCAGGCUCAGUUGCUGCAAUCUGAUUAAAGACAUCACGGAAUACCAGUGAGGUAUUUUGUGUUGUCUUUACCAGUGAAGAUGUCGACACAGACAGCACUGGCUAGAAUGAGUGCUGUUUAGUUUUCUGUUUGUUUUGUUAACUCAUACAUCAUUUUAUAUUCUUGUGGUGAAAGCAAUAUUUUACUCGUUCGCUACGCUUAUUCAUAAAGUAUUAUUUGCACUACUCGAAAUAGAAUCCAUAUCUUAACUCGCGUAGCCUUAUAUCCCCUAUGUUUAAUUGUUUCAUCCUGUUUUUUCAAAUGCCUGAUGCAGCUAUGGUAGAAGACAGCCCGAACUUUAGA